GUGUGUGAAAAAUACUCCCGUUCAUAAUUGUACAUGUAAUAUUGUAAUAAAUCUACGUGUUACGUGACUGUCUGUUACCUGGUAAAUUACUCAACAAUUGGGUAAGUAUACCACAGCAACAUGAGUGAAUCUAGAACCUAUGCUGAAAAAAGGCUAAGCAUAACACGUGAGGCUGAAUUAUUACAAAGUUUUGUACGAAUUAACGUUACUGAUCAAGAUAUUUCCGAGAAUGAGGCAGAAGAAGAGGAAGAGGCUAAAAAGGUUGAAGAGACAGAGAUGAAAAGCAAACAGACGAUUCCAGUAGAAACCACCAAACGACUAUCGAAACAAUUCCUAGAAGAAUCAAAGAAACGAGGCAGAAGAAAGAGACGAAAAACUGGUAUCAGGUAUGAAGAAAUAUACUGCGACAAAGAUAGGGCCGCAGCUGUAAAUAUGGGAUCAAAGGAUAUAAAACAGUCGUUAAAAUUGAAGAGGAAACAGGAUAGGUCUAAAGCUUUGCAAAUACCGGAAGAAGCUGAACCCAGUACCUUUUUGGCGUUGGGAAAUUAUGAAAUGUGUAGAGGAGAUAUCAGGAUUGCUGUUAAUUUUAUUUCUAAGGCACUAGAACUUAACCCCAGCGAGAAGAACGCCCUUGUAGCGAGAAGCAAGUGUUACAUUCUUUUAGGUCAACCGAAAAAUGCCUUGGAAGAUGCUGAAUUGGCAUUAAAAAUCGACAAAAACUUUAUGAAAGCCAUCUACCAGAAAGCUGAAGCUUUUUACUACCUUGGCGAUUUUGAGCUAAGUUUGAUGUUCUACCACAGAGGACUGCAUGUUAGACCCGAUCAUGAAGGAUUUAAACUUGGAGUGCAAAAGGCACAAAAUGCUAUAGAAAAUGCCAUUGGAAGUUUUAAUACGUUUAAGAGUGUUGGAAAGUCUAUCAAAAGUACACCUACUAUACAUCCGGAAGAAAGCAGGAAUGAAAGUCCUGAAUCAAAGGCAAGUGCUAAGAGUACAGCUGUAGCUACCCAUUCAUCGAAAACCUCCAAAAAGAGUAGACUUCUUCGAGAACUGGAAGUAGAUAAAGCUUAUCUGGAUAACUUGAUGAAUAAUCCAGACAUUAAAUGCAAGUUUAAGGAAAACAAUGACUCUAUUGAAAAGUGUAUUAAGGAAACCGUGGAUUACUUAAAGGAAAGGCAGGAGUUUUGGCGGCAACAGUUGCCACCUAAAUAUAAGUAGAUUUUACUUUAGAUUGGAUAAUCGUAUAAGCCUAUACCUAUUUAGUUUUAAUAGUGUUCGAUUUUUAGAUAUUUUUGCAUCAGAACUAAUAAUAAUUAUUUAUGAAACAGUUCGUGAAGUAUGCUUUUUGCGAACCACGCAAUAUUUAGAGCACGAGCGACAACAAGUGCUAUACAUCGCGUAAGUUCGCAAAAAGUACUUCACGCACAGUCAUACAAUAUUUUAUCUACGAUAAACAAAUAAAAAAAACUGUAACUCUUCGUCACUGGAAUUCAUUUCUAUUCUACAAUUUUUAGAACUUUGACAUUUAAAAAUCCUAACUACUUUCAAACCACAAA